ACCAGUGGGUACUGAGACCCUGAUGUCAGCUCAGGAGCUCGCCGUCUGCCUCUGCCAGGAGGGGGACAAGCACCUGGCCCUUGGGGUGCUGCCUUUAGCCACAGGCUUCUACCUGGCGGCCUUCAGCUGUCAUGCCCCUUCGGCCGUGCGGCACGUACAGGCUGUCCUGGCUGAGGCCCCAGGGGCACCUGUGGUGGCCACACUGGAGGCCUGGUGUCAUGGGGACAGCCAGAUUCCUGAUAUCCACUGGGAUGGCAUGGCCGUGGUCUCCCUGACAGGGCCACUGGCCUCUGCCUUCCUUGGUGCCAUUUACCCAGACCACCCUGCCACUGUCCUGUACUUUUUAGCUGGCCUGCUGGCCCACGGGCGCCACACGGAGGUGGUACAGCGUUGCAAUGCCCUGUUGGAUACACACUCCCAGCAGACCCUGGAGCUACAGCUGACCCGUGCCCUAGCCUGGGUCCUCUCAGUGGACCAGGUCAGUGAGGGCAUAGCUGCCUAUCUUCAGACCUAUGCCUCCAGUGCAGACCGGACGGUGGCCUUCAUCCGUAGCCACCAGCAGCCCUAUCUCCCCAUGCUGCUUGGCACCCUCCAGGACUACCUCUCAGGACUCCUGAAGGCCACAGAGAGCAGCGGCCCACAAGAGACCAACUGCCGGGCACUCCUGAAGGCCCUGGACCCCAGGGGCAUCUGGGUGGAGGCCAUGUCACCUAAAGCUCUGCUUCAUAGAGGCAGAUUUGAAGACUGCCUGGCAGCGUGCAGCCGGGACCUUCAGCCUGACCCAACGGGGAGCAGACCCCAAGGUGAGCACCUGGCAGCCCUGCUGGUCACCCGCGCAGCUGCGGCCUUCUUCCUCGACGGCCGAGCAGGGGACAUGCUGCUGGACCUACAGGAGGCCUUCCGUGAGAGUCCCGCUGGAGCACGGAGGCACUUCCAGGCACUGCUGUCGGCCGAGGACCGCGAACGCGUGCAGGCUCAGGCGCUGGAAGCCGCGGACGUGGGCUUCGACCGCUUCCUGGAGGCUGUGCGAAGCCGCCGGGAGCUGCGAGAGGACGCGGACCGCGAGCUCUUGGUUCCUGUGACCCACGCGCUCCAGGUCCUGCUCCGUGUGGCUCCCGCCCGAAGGCGACUCGCGCUAGGGAUCCGCCUGGCCGAGUGUCUGCUGCUGGCCGGGGAUGUGGCGGGCGCUCGCACGCAGUGUGAGCGUCUCCUGCGGCCCAGGCGUCUUGGGGAGCGCAUCGGGGAGCGCACCGGAGACCUCGCGCAGCUGCUGGCGCUGCGCGGCUUCUGUGCGCUACACGCGGGUGAUGCGCGGCGCGCGCGCGAGGACUUCCAGGCGGUGGUGGAGCGCGGGGCGCCACACGCGGGAGGCUGCGUGCGCGCGCUGUGCGGCCGAGGGCUGCUGCGGGUGCUGGAGGGUAGCACCUUCCUGGGCGCGCUGGACUAUAUCACCGCCUGCCGGCUUCGGCCGGAGGAGACGCUGCUAGUCGCCAAAGCCUAUGUGCCCUGGAACCAGAGAGGGCUGCUGCUGACCGUGCUGCGGGAGGAGGGCCGCAAGAUGCUGCUGCGCUCUCCUAGCUGCACGAGGAAGGCUGUGCGGGAUGCUGGCCCUGCAGCACAGGCGCAGGAGGGGGAUGCCUAUGGUGUCUACCAGCUGGCCAUGCUGCUGACGGAGCUGGAUGCAGAGGAUGAGACUUCCUGCCUCUUGGUGGCCGAUGCCCUGUACCUCUUGGGUCGCCUGGAUGAUGCUCACAAAUUCCUGCGGAUUGCCUUGUCCCGGAAGCCCCAAGCGGCCCCUGUGCUGGUGCGACUGGCCCUGCUUCAGCUGAGGAGGGGCUUCUGCUAUGAUGCCAACCAGCUGGUGAAGAAGGUGGCCCAGUCUGGAAACACCGCCUGUCUCCAGCACACCCUGGACGUCUUCCACCAGGAGGACCUGAAGCUGCUGCAAAGUCACUGUCACACACGGGCAUUAAACAUACUGCAGACACGGCCAGGGGGGCCAGAGAGCGAGGCCCACACCAGGGAAGCCAUCGCGUACCUCUCUCUGGCCAUCUUUGCUGCAGGGAGUCGGGCCAAUGAGUCCCUCCUCACCCGAGCCCGCUGUUACGGGAUCCUGGGUCAGAAGAAGACCGCCAUGUUUGACUUCAACUCCAUGCUUCGGGAGGAGCCAAGGAACGUGCAAGCUUUGUGUGGCCGAGCCCUCGUGCACCUGGCCCUGGACCAGCUUCAGGAAGCUGUGGAGGACAUGCUCUCCGCCCUGAAGCUCGAUCCAGGCACUGUGAUCUCUGAGAUCCACUCCCUGAAGCCAGAAGUUCAGUUGCCCCUCACCCAGGGCCUCCAUAGCCGCUUCCAGGUCCUCCUGAACCAGUGGCUGGACGCUGGAGGCCUCCUUGUGGAGGGGGACACCCAAAGCCUCCUUGCCAUGGGGGAGGCAUUGAUUAGAAUCGACCCUGCACAGCCCAGUUGGCACCUGCUUCUCACAGACAUCCUUACAGGGCUGGGCAAGUAUCAAGAGGCUGGCACCCACUUGCAAGAAGCUCUACAGCUCAGCCCAUCAUCAGAGGCUGCCCAGGCCCGGCGAGGCCUGCUCCAGCUUAAAAGGGGAGCUGUGUCAGCUGCUGCCCAUGACUUGCAGUGCCUGGCAGAGACAGAUACUCAGGACCUCAGCUUCCUGCUGCGUCUCCUUGAAUCCCCAGAGCAGCGGAGUCUCACCCAGGCCGCUGCCAAGGAAGCAAGCAACCUCUUGGAUUUAGGACAGCCAAGGCGGGCACUGGGAUACUGUUCUUUGGCUGUCCUGGCUGGUGGUGGCAGGCCUUAUUACUUGCGUCUCCGAAUGGCCUGCUUGACCCAGCUGCAGGAGUAUGACCGGGCACUCAGGGACCUGGAUCGUGUGCUGCAGGACGGUGCAGGGGACAGUGACCCGACAAGGCAGACAGAAGAUUUCUGCACCCGGGGUCGCCUGCUGCUGAGUUUGGGGGAUACGCAUGGAGCUGCAGGGGCCUUCACCCAGGCCUUGGCCCUGUCUCCAGCCCAAGCUCAAAGCAGCCUGGCAGAACAACCUGGUCGGGGCCCCACAGCCAGUGUGUUCCUGACCCAUGGGCAGCACUGUCUAGAGGAGCAGCAGUAUGAGGAGGCCUGGACAGCAGCCCAGAAUGGCCUCCUGGUGGACCCCAGCCACCGUGGGCUGAAGAGGCUGAAGGUGAGGACCCGCAAGGAGGUAUCCUCUGGCUGCAGACUGCACUGACCAGUAGAUCCAAGAGCUGCUCUCUCCACUAGCCACUCAUCCCUGUCUGGACUGGAGCAGACCGUUCCUACUUAUGUAGAACAGCUGUCCUGGGUGACUCACGGCCCCACUGAAGUGGGCAGCCUCAAUACUCUGCUCACACCUGGCCUUGGAGCAGCCACAAGGAAGAUCAGGGCUGGCACCUCAGGGUCCUGGGGGAGAUGUACUGUCCCAGGGAGCCCUCCUUGAAAAGGAAGCUGCUUAGACUGGUUGGACUGACUCCUGCCUCAGCCUUUCCCAAUGUCCAGAUUCCUGGAUGCAUAGGUGGAACUGGCUUUGCAAGGCCGUUCAUCAGGGAACUCUGUGCCCACGCCAGCAAGCACAGCCCAUGCAGUCCCUUUCCUCCACAGGUCCCUGAAUCCUUGUGAUGUUGGGAGACCCUGGCUUCCACUUGGCCUGGGCCUGUCCAAGUUGUCAGCAUGCGACUUGAUCCUUCUGAGAAGGGACAGCAAUUUCCAGACCUAGGCAGACUCCCCCCCACCCCGUCUUGCUCCCUGUCAUGGGGCUCCAGCCGGUCACCAUCACCACCACCAUCACCAAAGCUGUCACAGAGAUCAGGCUGGGGUGGCUCAUUCAUUCGUGACAACGGGCAGGGCUGCUUGGCAUGAAGUGGCACAAGCCCCUUCCUAGGUUCUUCUGGGAGGGUGAGGGCAGUGUGUCUGAAUUCUGAACACAUCCCUUUGCCCUGGGCUGCCCUCUCCGCCCCUUCCUUCUGCAAUCCUUAGUCCCAUAGACUAGCCAAACCAACCCCCAGGCUCAGAUACACAAGAUCCCUAAUCCUGCCCAUCCCCAGGCAGCAAUGAAGUGACUGGAUGGGGUUAGCAGCCUCCUUCCUUGCCAUCCCUCCGUGGAGUGAGAGCCAGACCUGCCAAACUCUGUCUCCACGGGUCAGUGCAUUCCACGGAGGACCAGGAAGAGCAGGGAGCCUAGAAAGGCUUCAUGAGCCACAGUCAGGUUCCUGCCUGCCUUCCGCACUGCAAUCUCCAGGACAGCCUGGUGCGCCUGUACCCAUGUUGCACCUUCACCUACCACACGUCUGUCUGUCUGUCCAUGUCUCCGCCUGUGCAUUUCUUGGCACUACAGACACUUGCCAAUACCCAGCAAGACCAAGGUCAAGGCCACAGAAUCCUGGUGACUAAAGACGGGUCAGCAGGAAAGAGGAGGUGGCAGGCAGUUGUCACCUGGGCGUGCCUUCCCCACCCUGUGCCCUUUGUUCCUGCCAUCCCUCAACCUGAGGUAUCUUGUCACAUUCAUCCACUCAAGGACAUCUCAGCAUGAAGGUACUGAAAUCUGGCAAAGCUCCUCCCCACCCUCUCCUUCUCCAGCCACAAGGGGGCAUUGCCCAGCACCUCAUGGUUCAACUCACAGGGUCUUGGCAUAUGUUCACGCGUGUGCGUGUGCAUGCGCUCACACACACACACACACACACACACACACACAACAUCACACACUGCUUAUCUGGCACCUUGCUGUGGUCUGACUGUGUUCCCAGAAUUCAUGUGUUCAGAUCCUAUUACCAAGGGGAUGGUGCCACCGUGUAGGGUCUUGCAGAUGGGAAGUAGGUUGUGAUGAUGGAUCCUUAAGAACUGGGUGAAUGGCUUUGUAAGACACUUCAGCCCACCCACGUGUGAGGACAGAGUGGGAAGGUGUCAGCUACAAACCAGUGCCCAGCUUGGACUCAGCCAUGAUAAAUAAACCUCACUCGACAAGGUUCCCAGCCCGUAAUAUUUUUGUCAUAGCAGUUGAGUGAAUUGAGAUACAGUGUCUCCUCCUCACCACCACCUCUGCCCUGACCAAACACCUCUAGUCCCUGAAGAUGGAGGUGAGCCCUAGCUGGCCAAGCCCCUCAGCCCACACCUUGUCUCAUGAAAUGGUCCCAGGCUAGAUCACCGCUGCAGUCUGCAGAUCUUGUCGGAAGUUUAUGGCAGCUGUGCGUGCGCCCUACCUGGGGUUUAUGCCAACAGGCCAUCUCCAGGGCUACUGGCCCCCACCGUCCUGGAACUUAUACUCCUCAGAUCCAUCUACCUCCUUACAGCCCCCAAACUCCUAGCCACAAUCUCCCAGCUCCUUCUUCCAUGCGUGGCUGGAAUGGAAAGAACCCAAGCCAUGCGCCCAGGGCAGGUGUCCAGCUCUUGUGUGUUUCCAGUGUCUCUGGACCAUGGAGUCCAGCUUGCACUGAACCAGGCAAACCAUGAGUCACUUCCAGCCGAGUAG